AUGGAGGGUAGACAAAGCAAUACCAUUAGUGUUCUAAUGCUUCCAUGGCUUGCGUAUGGUCACAUAUCCCCAUUUCUAGAGUUAGCAAAGGCACUAUCAAAGAGAAACUUCAACAUAUACCUAUGUUCAACACCAGUCAAUCUCAGUUCCAUCAAAGCAAAGCUCACUCAAAAGCAUUCCAUUUCAAUCAAACUAGUAGAGCUUCAUCUCCCAACUUUGCCAGAACUUCCCUCUCACUACCACACCACCAAUGGCCUCCCACCCCACCUUAUGCCCACCCUCAAGAAGGCUUUUGACAUGGCCAAACCCUCCUUCUCCACCAUCCUAAAAACCCUAAACCCUGACUUGCUCAUCUAUGACUUCCUCCAACACUGGGCGCCAGAGGUGGCCUUGUCGCAUAACAUUCCGGCAACUCUCUUCCUCAGCCCCAGUGCAGCAGCAGGUUCCUUCCUUCUCCAUUUCUUCAAGGACCCUAACAGUGAAUUCCUAUACCCAGCGAUGUAUAUUCGAGAUCAUGAGAGAAUUGGCAUGCAGGGUAUGCUUGGAGCAUCUUCAAAUGGCGUAAAAGAUGUUUUAAGGUUCGAAGAAUGCGCGAAACUAUCGUCUGAAAUUAUAUUGAUCAAGAGUUUUAGAGAGAUAGAAGGUAAGUACAUUGAUUAUCUCUCAGUGGCAUAUGAGAAGAAGAUGGUACCUGUUGGUCUACUUGUCCAGGAAAGCAUUGUUGAGGAGGAGAAAACGGAGAUCUUUGAAUGGCUUAACAAGAAGGAUAAGGGUUCCACUGUGUUUGUGUCCUUUGGGAGUGAGUACUUCUUGUGCAAGGAGGAUAUGGAGGAAAUAGCAAAUGGGUUGGCGCUUAGUGAUGUUAAUUUCAUAUGGGUUGUUAGGUUUCCAAUGGAUGAGAAAAUUCCGGUUGAAGCAGCACUGCCUGAGGGGUUUCUUGAAAGGGUAGGGGAGAGAGGGAUGGUUGUGGAGGGUUGGGCCCCACAGGCUAGGAUUCUAGGGCACUCAAAUAUUGGUGGGUUUGUGAGUCACUGUGGUUGGAGUUCAGUGAUGGAGGGUAUGAAAUUUGGUGUUCCAAUCAUAGCCAUUCCUAUGCAACUUGAUCAGCCGAUGAAUGCUAGGUUGGUGGAGGAGGUCGGUGUCGGUAUGGAGGUCAAGAGAGAUGAGAGUGGGAGGCUUGAGAGAGAAGAGGUUGCAAGAGUGAUAAAAGGGGUGGUAGUGGAGAGAAAUGGUGAAGCUGUGAGGAGGAAAGCAAAAGAAUUGAGUGAAAGCAUAAGAGAGAAGGGAGAGGAGGAGAUUGAAGGAGUGGUGGAAGAACUGGUGAAACUUUGUAAGAACAAGAAGGAUGAGCUAGUUACUAGUAAUUUGAGGAGUGAUUCAACAAUGAAAAGAUUGGUUUGGCCCUAAAUCCAUCACCUGAAGGGUGUGGUGAUGAAGGAAAAGGAGAAUAAUGAAAUGGGUCUGAGGUUUAGAGAGACGAAGAGGAGAGAGAGUAAAGAGAGAGAAUAAAACAAUAAAAUUGAUACUAAUAUAAAAGUUAA